AUGCUAUCCUUCCAGUCAUCUGCUUCCUACUUGGAUUUUUCAAAUAACAACAUAAAUUCUAUUAUUUCAGAUGACAUCAGCGACAACUUAUCAAAAUUGGUGUUCUUCUGCCUCUCGAAGAAUAAUCUCCAUGGGUGCAUUCCGCAGUCUAUUUGCAAAAUUGGUAAUCUCGAAAUGCUUGACUUAUCGCAUAACCAUCUGAAUGGAAGUAUUCCUGAUUGUUUAAUGAAGGAGCCGCUCAGAGUAUUGAAUCUGAGGAAUAACCAGUUGAAUGGCAAGAUUCCGCAAAACAUCCCAAUAACAUGUAAGUUGGAGAUAUUGGAUAUCAGUGAGAAUUUAUUACAGGGGCAGAUUCCGUUGUCAUUAGCAAAUUGCGGGAUGUUGGAUUGCGUGAACAUUGGGGACAAUCAAAUAGAUGGGACAUUUCCAUGCCAUCUUGGGUAUCUUCGUGUCCUUGUUUUACGAUCUAACAAAUUGCAUGGGGAAAUUGGAUGUACACAUGGUGAUAGCACCUGGGAGAUGCUUCAAAUCAUUGACUUGUCUUUAAAUGAUUUCAAUGGCACUCUGCCUACGAGACUCCUUGCAUCUUGGGUGGCUAUGAAGGCUGAUGUUGACUAUUAUGACACACAAUAUACGUUUUAUGAUACCAUGCUUGAGACGAGUAGGAUUUACAAUGAAUAUGCAAUGAGGGUAACCUUGAAAGGUGUAAAGCUAGAAUUCGUUAAGAUCCCGACUAUGUUCAAGUUGAUUGACUUCUCAAGCAACAGAUUGGAGGGUCCAAUACUAGAUACACUAGGAGAUCUCAAAUUACUCCAUGUCCUCAACCUAUCACACAAUGCCCUCUUGGGUUCAAUUCCUCCUGUUUUGGGGAAUCUAGGUCAGCUUGAAUCGCUAGACCUAUCAGGGAACUACCUCAAUGGAACCAUACCAGCUCAGCUUGUAAAUCUUAAUUUCCUUUCAGUACUGAACGUCUCAAACAAUCAACUUGUAGGAAACAUCCCAAUAAGUGGACAAUUUCUCACAUUCUCAAAAAGUUCUUUUGAAGGAAACCUUGGAUUGUGUGGACUUCAGCUCAACAAAAGUUGUUCAAUCACUACGAACGGGAUGGAAGAAAGCUAG